AUGAACAUAAUAUUAAAGGCAGCACGACCAAGAAGACCAGUUUCCUUGUUUGAAAGGAACAUUGUACACCAGUUUCUUUCUAAUUCUACUCUUUCUCAAAUCCGUAUACCUCGUCAUAAUCUCAAAAAGGGAUUAUCUAAGGAAAUCAUCGGUAAUGAAAAUGGUGGGAAAGCGUCAACAUUCCGUCGUAGAGGACAAGAUUUGAAUAGUAGUUUUGAUAACGUAAACCACAUCCGAUCUCUAUUAAAUAAAACCCCAAAGGGAAUUCCGCAUGCGACAGAAGAAGAGGCACUUGCUCAAUAUCUUUCCAUUGUAACUACCAUUACUAUUAGUGAAUCAAUCAAUUUAUUGAAAGUAUUGGAAUUAUCACCGUAUCCAACUCUGGUAUUGGUUCCAGAUGAAGUUGUAAACGUUCAAUUUCCUGGCGCCACAAAGAAUGAGGGAAUCUGUGAUGUUAUGGUGUUAUCUAAUGGUACCAUUGUAGGAUGGGGUAUUGAUGAAAAGCAAUUACUUGAAGAAUUUGUACCAAUGAUUAAAGAUUCAAUUCAAGAAAAAUAUAAAUAUGAAAGUGAGGAAAUGGAUUGGAUAGAAUUAGAAACAAAAAAUGAUAUUAAAUAUGAUAAUGAUGAACAUACCAAUAAUAAAGUACAAUCAUACAUGGAAGGAGAAAUUAUGAUCAUUCAAGGAAAAAGUAAAAAUAAAAAACUUUUAGACAAGACAGCAUUUGCAGUAGGGUUAUCUAGAUCAACUAGAUUAGCAGUAUUGGAAUCUGCAUUAGAAGAACAUAUUCUACUCACUAGAGCUGAUAGUGAAAACUUAUCAAAGGGUAAAAAACUCUUGACAACCGAAAGUGAUGUACUUAAAUUAACUGGUAGAUUGUUUUUAUUAAGAGGUAAGCUCAAUUUAUAUUCUGAACUUAUAGAAACUCCAGAUUUAUAUUGGGCAGAGCCUUCUUUAGAAAAAAUUUAUAAUUCAAUUUCCAGAACUCUUGACAUCUCGCCAAGAAUUUCUAUCUUAAAUAGGAAACUUGAUUACGCUACAGAAGAACAAAGAGCGUUACUUUCAGUUUUAAAUGAGAAAAAGGGUACCAGAUUAGAAUGGGUUAUUAUUAUCCUUAUCAUGGUUGAGGUUUGUUUUGAAACAUUUCAUUUCUAUGAAAGAUAUGUGGAAAAGCAUGAUGAUGAUCAUUAA